AUGGCAGAUUGUGAGAAGUUCUUCCUGGAGGGAACAACUCCAAAUCUCCCAGGCAUUUUUGUUGGUGGGAGAGUCGAGGACAAACGCUACAAGCUGAUUUGCCAGAAGUACAAGGACAUCUACAGGUUUGCAACUCUCUACGACACGACCAACAGGAUCCCUGUGUUCUCAGCCUACACCUUCACUGGUAAUACAACGGGUCGACCUAGUCAGUCCUGGAUGAUCGAGCCCCAGCUCGACGAUAUAAAUGGCCAAGGUGAAAUGAAGCAGAGUGAACGUAGAAGUUUUAAACACCAGGCUAUGAACGCAGACUACAAAUAUAACAACCUGAGUCUGGACAGAGGUCACCUAUUCCCAUGUUCAUAUGCACCUGAUAAUGCUACCAAGAACUCCACUUUCACUCUGACAAACGCCGUUCCCCAGGCAAGUUCCUUCAACCGACGCAGCUGGCGUAAAAUGGAGUGCAGAGUCAGAAAAUUUCUUGUGAAGAACUGUAAGGAUAACAACAACAAGAUAAAGGCCUAUUUGGUGACUGGAGCAGUUCCCAGCAACAACAAACUGAAGAAGCGAGUGAACAUCCCAGAUCUCCUGUGGACAGCCUUCUGCUGUUUCAACAACAAGAAGAAAGAGUGGAUGGCCCGAGCACACUGGAGUAAGAACGUACCGGACACCAAGGGGAAAACAUUGAAACCUAUAACCUUGCAAGCACUCGAACACAAGUUGAAGAACAUCUACAAUGACAAAGUCAAUGUGUUCACAAAAAAAUGUCCAAGAACCUAUCCUAUUCUGAGUGUAUUAGAGGACGAGACAGGGAGGGACUUAGAGAGUGUAGAAGAGGAUGAGACAGGGAGGGACUUAGAGAGUGUAGAAGAGGAUGAGACAGGGGAAAAGAGGAGCGGGGAGCCGAGCAUAAAGAUGGUGAAAGCAACAGGGGAAUGUGAUGAGGAGGAUGGAUGUGAUUGUGACUGUGAUGAAAAGUGAUGAGUUUUGUCCAGUGGUAAUUCCCACAACUAUUGAGUACACAUUCCCUAAGUUACAAGGGUUAUAAGGGUAUAAUGGUUAUAAGGGUUAAGUUAUAAUGGUUAUAAGGGUUAAGUUAUAAUGGUUAUAAUGGUUAAAUAAUAAUGGUUAUAAGGGUUUAAUGGUUAUAAGGGUUAAAUUAUAAUGGUUAUAAUGGUUAAAUAAUAAUGGUUAUAAGCCAUGGUUAAAAUUGUUAUAAGCCAUGGUUAUAAUGGUUAUAAUGGUUAUAAUAAGGGUUAUAAUGGUUAUAAUAAGGGUUAUAAUGGUUAUAAUAAGGGUUAUAAUGGUUAUAAUAAUGGUUAUAAUAAUGGUUAUAAUAAGGGUUAUAAUGGUUAUAAUAAGGGUUAUAAUGGUUAUAAUAAGGGUUAUAAUGGUUAUAAUAAGGGUUAUAAUAGGUAUAAUAAUGGUUAUAAUGGUUAUAAUAAGGGUUAUAAUGGUUAUAAUAAGGGUUAUAAUGGUUAUAAUAAGGGUUAUAAUGGUUAUAAUAAGGGUUAUAAUGGUUAUAAUAAGGGUUAUAGUGGUUAUAAUGCACAUUGGUCCUCCGAUCCUUCUGUGACGGUUAGUUCAUUUGUUAUUUUGAAUAGUGUCUUGUCUUCGUUGUAUAUUAAAUCAUGGAAACUUACCACGCUGCACAUUGGUCCUCCGAUCCUUCUCGCCUCUCCUCGUCCGAGGAGGAGGAAGAGCUAGACUGCCGUUACAAUAAUGGUUAUAAUAAUGGUUAUAAUAAUGGUUAUAAUGGUUAUAAUAAUGGUUAUAAUAAUGGUUAUAAUGGUUAUAAUAAGGGUUAUAAUAAUGGUUAUAAUGGUUAUAAUAAGGGUUAUAAUGGUUAUAAUAAUGGUUAUAAUAAUGGUUAUAAUGGUUAUAAUAAUGGUUAUAAUAAUGGUUAUAAUGGUUAUAAUAAUGGUUAUAAUAAUGGUUAUAAUGGUUAUAAUAAGGGUUAUAAUGGUUAUAAUGGUUAUAAUAGGGUUAUAAUAGUUAUAAUAAGGGUUAUAAUGGUUAUAAUAAGGGUUAUAAUGGUUAUAAUAAUGGUUAUAAUGGUUAUAAUAAUGGUUAUAAUGGUUAUAAUAAGGGUUAUAAUGGUUAUAAUAGGGUUAUAAUAGUUAUAAUAAGGGUUAUAAUGGUUAUAAUAAUGGUUAUAAUGGUUAUAAUAAUGGUUAUAAUGGUUAUAAUAAGGGUUAUAAUGGUUAUAAUAAUGGUUAAAAUGGUUAUAAUAAUGGUUAUAAUGGUUAUAAUUAAACAAGUUUAAGGGUUAUAAACAUUAAAGACAAGCUCUGUUACUUUGGCGACUAAGAAAGUAUAUUUUAAACCUCCCACUUUGUGCUUGAUGUAUCAAUGUGUCGUUCAAACAUAUUGAAUCUAUGAGCAGAAUUACUGUUUCCCUACAUUUCACCCCCCUAGCAAAUUGAGUCUUAGCCAAUAGGCAUCAGCCCCUCACAUGUGAGUGAAAACUAGUGUGGUGGCAGAAUUUGUGUUGAACUGUUGUAACUUCUCAAGGGACAUGUUCUGUGUUGGACUGUGAUGCCUUUCAUAGAGUCCUGGUGUGUCUGGACCUUAAACACAAGGCCAUUGUGUUCUGGUACUGUUGCUGGUAUAAAUAACUGUAACAAUCUGAUGGUAUUAUCACCUCCCACUAUAUAAGGGACAUGGAACCAUUUACUCAGGAGGUUCUUCCCUGUGAAAUCACAA